AUGGAUACAUCAAUGGAAGAUUUGUUUUCGGAUUUCGAUAAGUCUACUGUUUUUGUUGAAACAGCAGGUGUAAAGAAAAAUAACACUGAACAACGUGACUUGAUCGCACUGACUACUGAAACAAUAGGCAAUGAAGUCAUACAAAUUGAAGGUGUUUAUCAAGCUUCUACCCGAAGUCUAUGCGUAACGAUUGAACUACAUCAAAACUCUUUGUUGUCUGGUUGCAUAAAUUUAGAAAUUCCAUACCAAUAUCCCUCACCAAAUGCAAAUCUCUCAGGAACGAAGAAUGUACCAAUUAAAAUUUGUACGCUUUGUGAUAAUAGUCGCUUUACGAAUAUAAUUACCUACCCACAACAUCAAAAUUCUACCGUAUUUGCUGAUUUGUCCUCUACAUCGUCAUCAUUCUCAUCAAUAUUUGUCUGUUCAAAACGUUUUAUUAAUAUUCUUUGUGAUAAUACUGAAAAUGAUGAUCCUGAUCUAGUUCGAUUAUGUGGCCUUCCAAAUGGACUAGUCUAUGCUAUUUGGUAUUCAACCGUGAAUAAACAACUUCAUUACUCUGUUGUAUUUCCAUUGUCUUGUUGUAAACCCAUAGUGGCUUGGGCUUUUAUUCGUAAUCCUGUAGCUCAUUCUACAACGUCUUAUACAAUUGGCAGUACAUUUAAAAAUAAUCCUUGUAUUCAAACUGAAAAUAAUACUGUGAAUGAUCUACUUGUUGGUUUGACAAAAGAUGGUGAAGGUGUAGGUGUUUGGUUUGAUUCAUUAGAUGUUUGUAGUAAAACGGUCCUAAAUAUUACUGAAUUUAGCUUACCUCAGUCACCUGAUCCAAUUACAAAAUGUCGUGCACAAGGUUCAUGGCUUCAUGUGAUCACUCAAAGUGGAUAUUUAAUGUCGAUACAUUUUAGUUUACAAUUGAAACAAUCGAUUGAUAAAAUUAAUGUUAAUAAUAAUAAUAAUCAUAAUAAAUCAACUAAAUGGAAUUUAUUAUGUCAACCAACUAAUUUCCCUCGAUUACCUAUUCAUUUAUCACCUGUGAACAAUAUUGAACAAUGGAUAAAAUCAUGCCCAAAAUGGCGUAAUCUUAAUGUUUGUGAUUUUACACGUUUAGCUGACGGUCAUUUGGGCAGUAUUGAUUCACAAGGUCGCAAAACACGUCUAGUUGAUCUAUUAUCAUCUAAAUCUGAAAUUAAUACUCCUAUCAAUUAUACAGAACAACAAUUGAAUCAAACAUUUAUGGAUUUAAUCAAGACAAAAUAUCAAAUGAAAAGUUAUUUAGCAUGUCUACUUCUACUAAACCGUCUAAGUGAUUUGAAAGUGAACACAGAUGAAGGUGAUUGGUCUCAAUUUCCUUUAAAUUGUAAAGUUUAUUUAACAUCACGUCAUGCAAAUCAUGAGUCAGGAAAUCAAUCACCUUUGGAAUUGAUUGUCGAUAUCACAGCCCCGAAUACACCAAUUGAUCAUAAUCUCAAUGAAAAUUUCAAUGAAUUAUUAUUAUCUCAUUCUAAUCUAACUAAAAUUAAUUUAAAUCAUUUAACACAAAUAAUCUUAUUCCAAUUGUACACAAAUAAUAAUAAUAAUAAUACUACAAACAAUUGGAUUAUAUCUGAUUAUCUUGUAAAAUAUUUAUAUAUUAUUAUUAAAAUGGAAAUUGUUCAAAUAGCUGAUUGUGAAUCACCAUCAUUGUCAUCGAAUAUUAUCAGUGAAGAAGACAAUAACACAGGCGAUAAUUAUCAUCAACAUUCACUUGUGUAUACAUAUAGAGAAUUAUGGUUCUCAUCAUUGACAACUAUUAAUCAUAAUGAUCAUUCAAAGUUACGACGCUGUAUCAUCCCAUCAUCUCAUUGGUCACAGAUAUUUCAUAUGCUUGAAUUGAAUAAUUCUUCACAUUCACAACACGGUCGAUUUCUUACUUCUGCUACUAAAACACUUCGAGUAAAUGUUCAAUUAGAAUUUCAACCACCAAUGUUACCACAACACUUAUUUUGUUCUCAUCAAUUCAAUGAACAAUUAUUUGAAAAUGUUAAAAAAAUUGAUCAUUCACCAAUUUUAGUAACAAUCGGUGAUUGUCACCUUGAUUGUAUACAUUUCCUAUAUGGAAUGAAAAAUAAUUCGUUAUUGAAAAGUUUUGAAAAUGAUAAUUCUAUGAAUUUAGUUCAUACCAUGCAUAUUAAUAUUAGUGAUUUAGUAUUCCAAUCAAUUAUAUCAGAUAUUUUUAAAAAUUCUUUAUCAUGUUCAAGUAGCCACCAUGAAAAUGUUCUCAAAUUAAUGAAAAGUAAUCAUAAUAAUCAUAAUGGCCAAUUGUUUUAUAGUUGUUUAACGCAUCAGUCUGUCAAAUUUCAGUGGUCUAUCAAUGUUGAUCCAUUUAAUAUUGAACAGGAGAAAGAGAAAAAUAAGGAGGCAAUCAAUCAAGACAACAACAGUUACAAUUCUAAUAAUUAUACAUGGUGUUUCACUAUAUCUUCUAUUUGUUUAAAAACAUUAUGGUCUUUGUAUAAAGCUAUUGAACUGCGUCAAAAAGCAUCAUUACCGAAAAAUAAUUCAAUAGCAACUUUUAAACGUCCUACUGUUGAACAACUUAGACUAGAAUGUUUCAUCUUAAAGCAAGUAGCAUGUAUUCCACAUGAUGAUACUACUCUUACUAUUUCAAACGAAUAG